AUGGGGGAUCUACGCCGAGAUGAACACAUUUCUCACAGUCAAACUCGCGAGAAUACAACUAAUCCCCUCUCUUCUGAGAAUCCUCAACAUCGCGAACUAGGCAGCUACACUGAUGCUUGUCGUGAUCUUGAGCAGCUGCUGAAGGCCCAUGUAGAGCGCAUCAAGAGACAGCUCAGUGCUGGGGGCACGUCUCAGACCCCAGACGCGUCUUCUCAGACUGUCCAAGCUGGUCCUUCUGACGCCAUACAGGGCCAGCCGAGUGCCUCUGAGCCUUCUGCCCCCAUUACACCUACUAAAACGCUCUCGGCUCCCGCCUUGACCAACGGCCACACUCACAUUCACACUCCGAACAGUGGCAACAGUGAGGGUCAGGCUGUGAAGGGUCCGGCUGUGAAUCAAGGUCUUGUUAGUCCCGCUGUCUCUGUUGCCAGUGCUGCAACGACUUGUGAGCCCUUCCCCGACUACUACGAGUCCUGCGAGAAAAACCCACCCACGGUCGACAAAGCGCACGAAGCAGCUUACAACUACGCUAUCUCCAAGGUUGUCGAGGAAGCGACUCGUUUCAAAGAUAUUGACACCAGCGUCCCCAAUCCUCCUGUGCUCAACGCGGCCACUGAUCCUGUUGUGAAGGGCAAAUCUACCACCCCAAGCGCAAAGACAACCCUUCGCAACUCCAAUAAAUCCUCCAUCGUACCCAUGCCUCCAAUUCGCCCACCCCUCACUGAGGACGAGAUCAAGGAAAGAAAAGCGAACCUUCUUCAAGAGAUGAAGGAGAUGAUUCCUAGCGGCAAGAUCCCAGCCGACCUCAUGCGUCGUUUCGUCGCGAUGACCAACGCGCUCCUCCAAAUGGAGAUGAUUCUCUUUCAUCGUCAGAACGCUGACUCCAAGCCUGAAAACUUGUUGUCCGCCGAGGAAACAGAGAAGAUACGCGUUAUGGCAAGCGAAAUAAUCAAGUAUCUCACUCAUCUGAACCAGAACCUCAAGAAGCAGGUAGACAAGGGCAAGGAAGUGGCGUUCGCCAUGACCGAGAUCGCGGGAUAUCGUCAAGCCACGGUGUACGAGCGCUAUGCUCGCAUGGCUCAGGUGUUCAAUGAGAACCUCAAGAAACCCAGCGACAAUGAGCUACGCCUGCUUACCGUCUUUCUCGACCUGUACGACACGAUCAUCUACACCCGCUUCCUGACGAUGCGCUUCAACGGCCAGCUCAUCCUUGAGGAAAAUCUCAACAAACAACGCGCGGAACUGUCGCAGCUACUGGGUUCGCUCUGGGAUAUCCAUUGCCACGUUAUCGAGAACUACCAGAAGAUCAUAAACGGCAUGGUGCACAUGAAGCACAACAUUGUCGCUCCGGUGCAUGAGGAGCUCGCUAACAGCAAAGAGAGCUGGACCGAGCGUUGGGACGCAAACCAGCGUGCACUGGAGAGAGAGCUGGCGCUGCAGGAGCAAGACCGGCAGGAGCUCGCCGCUAGAGAGCGUCGCCAGACUUAG